AUGGAGAAAUCAAGGUCCAAUCUCUCUUUACCAAGUUCUAGCGUUCAGCGACGACCAGUCCCUUCGCCAGCUCAGUCUCUCCCUCAAGAUGAUCCUCCAGACUAUACAGAACCUUCAACUGCUCCCUUCCAAGAGCCGUCGAGCACUCGAGGCCCGGUUUUCUCCAACUCUUAUCUUCCUCCCAUAGACUUUGCUCAAUAUCAUAUUCCUGGGUCAAGUUUGUCCAAAGACGGACUUACCAUUACCGUGGCACCCUCGGAACUCAGCUCCAGUCCGGAGGCACUGACAAGAUUCAUGGCUCAGCAAGCUGCGUUGCCGCCCAAACCAGAGAUCCGCAUAGUCGGUAUCAGGGAAAAUCCCGGUAUUCGCAAGCUUGACUUCGACAUUCGGAUAAACAUGCUGAGUCAAAUAGUUCGGCCACCUGGACCGUCUUCAUCCUGGAAUUAUGUGAAGAUUGUUGGUAGUCGCUCUGCUGGGUCACCAGGAGGCACUAUUGGAGACAUUGCUACAUUUGCUGAUAGGUUCUGUAGAGAUCCAGCUACCAACAAAACCUUCAUCCUCACUCGAGAGGUUAUCAAUUGGAAUACUCAAAUUCUAGAGGGCCGGCUAAGAACUUUGAUAGCCUCAUUAAAUUAUCAGGGCCGUGUCACUAUCACGUUCCCAUCUACACAUUCUCGUGUAGUUGUCCCGGGCCCCAAAACAAAUAAUUCAUUUUACACUCAGAUUGUAUCGUUGUUCAAAGAUCCAAAACGAUACGAUAUGGUACGGUCAAUAUGGCCGUAUGCAAACAUGGCUGGCUCGGAGACAUCAGAUGACCCAAGAAGAGUGUGCGCAGUUCAAUCAGAGAAUAAAUGGUGGGAUGAGUGGAAACUGGUGAUUGCUAAUGCUAUAUUAGAGGGAAGACAAGGCUGGCUAUCGCUAGACGACUUAAUCGAGUUUGCUAUGAACCCAGUAAGGGGGAUCAAGGCUGGGGACCAGUGGGGUGGGAAUUCGGACAUAUGA